GUGACUUCAGAUGUAUCUAUACCCGUACCUGUCUACAACUUCACGCCGCCACCAUUGUUUUCAAAGAAAAAUAGUCAUGUCCGUAUAAAAAUGCCGGGGAAGGAAGACUCGCUAUUGGACAUGCGACUGUGGGACAGAUUCCAGAUGAUUCCGCGAGAACGUGUGUCCACCAGCGACACCUUUCGGCCAUUCCUGCGAGCAUUUAAGAUUUUCUGUUAUGUGUUGUUUUUCUGUGUGGUUUUGGGGUCUGCCGUCGUCAGUAAGCUGUGUAUUCUCCUCAUGGCCUCCAGUAUUCUCAAGGAUAAGAAGGCACUACGGGAGUCCGACAGCCCCACGAACACCAUGCUCGUCAUCGCUAUCUGUUUCCCGUACGUCAUAUGGAUGUUCAGCUUCUCGGCCAAGUCACUGUUCGGCAGUAACUCAUGGCCCUCCUUCAAAACCGUUAUUAUCACGCUGUUUAUGGAGCUGCUUCAUUCGUUCGGGCUGUGUCUCAUGGUAUUCCAUAUCCUCCCCAGAACAGACAUGGCUCGAGGGUUACUUCAUUUUUGUGGAAUUUGUACUGUUCCUGCAUUCUUAAAAACGAUUACCAUAGCAACCGACAAAUCAAGACCCACUAUGAAGCGUUUUACCUUGACCUUUGUCAACGGUCUCGCUUUCGUUAUACAGUUGUGUAAUCUCGCAGCCUCUACAAUGUUUAGCAACCCUUUAAAUGAGACAGAAAGAAACCAACUUCAAAGGGAGGUCAUUUAUGAACCAGAUAUAUUACAUACGAUAGAGAGACCUGUGCCUAACUUUGAAAAUCGCUAUGUGUGGGAAAUACCUGUUGCUUUAAUUUUCAUUUCUAUUACGUACUGGGAAAAUUUUGUGGAAAGUGAUUUAUCAAUCUGCUCGUUCAAUAUACCAUUCCUUCAAUGGAAGCGACGACUUAUUUCUGUCCGGGAGAGGCUAUACAUUUUUGUGGGAAUCUGGAAGACUGGUUGGACAUUACUGUUUGCAGCUCUUUUACUUCCUGGCUUUUCAUUCAACAUAGAAUUUUCUACAUCCGGAUCAAAUCUUCAUGGCAGUGAUAUAAGACCCACAACGACUGCGGCGCAAAUCGCUCUUGGUCUAAAGGUCUCUUCUGGACCACCAACUGCAUCGCCACUUCCGGUAGGAGGUCGGCAAAACACAAUCGUGAAACGGGCAAUAUCCGAUCAGAUUGAUUUAAACGGUGUAAGUGCUGUUCUUAACUUGACGGAUGCAAAUAUGAAAGGUCGGACUCCGAAAUUCCGGCCUCGGCCUCGUCCUGUAACAUCUACUUCUCCAUCUACUGCAAAACCUACUCCACGUACAAACGGAAGUAGUGUCCCCACUUACAAUCUACUACUUCCGGAAUCUGUAAAGAGGAAUUUCCAGCGUUACGGUCCACUAUACCUUCAGCUCCUGUGUAGUGCUGUGUUGUCCUACUUUGGCAGUCUGGCGUGUAAAUUAUGUAUGCAGGUUAUAGGUUUUACGAUACCGUUGUUUAUGGCCACGCCCAUAACGCUCGGAAUCAUUAUCGUUCAAUGUUACACACACUUUAUCCCUUCCCACCUGUAUAUAUGGCUGUGUCCGGAAACGUCGGGAGAAAUCCGGAUGUUCCACCUCCUGUGGUUUGGUGUUCUCUGGGUGUCACACAUUAUUCUGACGUCACACAUCUGGUUCCCACGGAAUGGCAGAAUGGCAAAGAUAGACAGAUUAUUUGUGAUGCCUAUCCGCUGUGGGAUUCUCACUGACCAGUCUCUGAUGCUACGGCGAAGAACAAACGAUCGGGACUCUGCCCUUUUCAGUUCCGAUGAUGACGUAUCGACACUCUACGAUGACGAGGAUGUCCACAGAGCUGACGAUGUAGUACCACAGAUAUACGCAUGCGCAACUAUGUGGCACGAGACGAGAUGUGAAAUGACGCAGCUCCUAAAAUCUUUAUUUAGAAUGGACAUUGAUCACAGUGCACGGUUUCUGGCUCAGAAGUUCUACGGUAUAAGGGAUCCGGAUUACUACGAGUUUGAAGCACACGUUUUUUUCGAUGACGCGAUGGAGCUUUCUGAUGACGACACACUUAUACCAAAUAGCUUUGUAGCGGAGUUGAUGGACUGCAUAGAUGACGCCAUCAGCUCCGUUCAUGAGCGUCAGAUGACACUAGCCCCGCCCGUGCGAACGCCAACUCCUUAUGGAGGCCGGAUGACGUGGCGCUUACCAGGAGGUACUCGUCUCGUCGUUCACCUGAAGGAUAAGCACAAAAUAAGACACAAGAAGCGCUGGUCACAGGUCAUGUAUAUGUACUACUUGCUUGGCUACCGGAUACUGGCACAACCUGAAAACCUCAUCCAUCGUGACCUCUCGGAGUCAAUGAGUACCCCGGACAAUGAUUCUGGAACUCAUCCCGUCAAACUCACCGAGACUCAGCUUCGACGGCGUCGACAGUCGUCACACUUCACACGAAGUGUUAUCUUCAACUACGUCAGCGACGAGGUCCACACACAGGCAGAAAACACUUUCAUUCUUACACUGGAUGGUGACGUAGAUUUCAAACCGGACGCAGUGCGACUUCUUGUGGACAGACUAAAGAAAAACAAGAAGGUGGGCGCAGCUUGUGGGCGUAUCCAUCCGGUUGGAUCUGGUCCGAUUCUGUGGUACCAGGAGUUUGAGUAUGCUAUUGGUCACUGGCUACAGAAGGCUACCGAACACGUAUUUGGGUGUGUCCUGUGUGCUCCGGGGUGCUUCAGCUUGUUCCGCGGGUCGGCUCUAAUGGACGACAAUGUGGCCCGAACUUACGCCAUACGUACGACAGAGGCCGGCCAGUACGUCCAAUACGAUCAAGGUGAGGACCGUUGGCUUAGUACUCUCCUUCUCCAACAAGGCUAUCGUAUCGAUUAUUGUGCUGCUGCAGAUGCAUUGACGCACGCACCUGAGACAUUUUCGGAAUUUUUCAAUCAACGACGACGAUGGGGACCAUCGACUCUGGCCAAUGUCAUCGACCUUCUUGGAGACUGGAAGAACACGGUCAGGUUGAACGAUAACAUAAGUACGCCUUACGUCCUGUACCAGUUUCUUCUACUUGUAUCAACCUUGCUAGGUCCCGCCACUGUCCUUUUAAUGAUGGCAGGUGCUUUCUCGGUCGUCUUCAAAACAAGCGUCUUCCAGUCGUACGCGCUGUCUCUUAUCCCGCCGAUCACAUUCAUCGUGCUGUGCAUAUACACAAAACCGACCACACAAGUUACUAUAGCAACAAUCAUGAGCGCGUGUUAUGCUAUCAUAAUGACCAUUGUGUUGAUAGGAACUAUUGGAACAGCAAUAGAUGGGUCGUUGACCAGUCCGAACGUCGUCUUCCUCCUCAUCCUUGUCAUUAUUUUCUUUGUUGCUGCUCUAAUGCACCCGGAGGAGUUCGCUUGUGUGAUACCAGGUGCGCUGUAUUUUAUCUGUAUACCGACAGGUUAUCUGGUGCUUACCAUAUACUAUCUAUGUAAUCUGCACAUAGUGUCUUGGGGCACAAGAGAACUUCCCAUGCGGAAAUCGAAAGAAGAACUACUAGAGGAGAAAAGAACAUUAGAGGAAAAACGGAUGAAACGCCAGCAAAAAGGAAUAUUGGGUUGGCUAGGUCUGGAUAACAUUUUUAAUGAAAUGGCAGACAUGUUUCGACAAAUGCGCCAGGCUACCCUAGUGACUAAACCAGAGACUAAAUCAAAAACCGAUGAACUUCUUCAAGAACUCGUAUUCGAGUUGCGACAGAACCGAGAUACAAAGGUAUCACCGAGGCACCGCUCCUUUUCAACAAUGACAAACACUUGUAAAGCAGAAAAUAUAGUGUUGAAACAAGAAAGCCUCAAUACUUAUCCGUGUCCUAAGCCGGAGGCUGGGGAAACAAAACCGAAUACUACAGGUAAAAUGCCUUUAUUGAUGAAAAAUGAAGAUCCCGAGAACCCGGGCUGGCUAAAGGAUUCCAUUUGUGGGGAAGGACCCAUAAAGAAGAUGGACUCAAGAGAACUGUUGUUCUGGGAACAACUUUUAAAGCGGUAUCUUCAUCCAAUUAUCGAGGACAAAGUUCACCAGGAAAAAGUCGCUUCUGAUUUAAAGAAUCUCCGAAACAAUGCUGUGUUUGGAUUUUUUAUGACGAGUGCUCUGUGGAUUGCACUGACGAUGCAAUUACAACUGUUACAAGAUGAAUUCAAAGACACUGCUCUAUUCAUCAAAAUUCCACAUUAUGAUCCUCUGAAGAAGGAUCUAACAUUUGAACCGCUUGGUAUGUUUUUUCUCGGAUUAUUCGGCGCAAUUUUGGUGUUUCAAUUUAUUGGAAUGCUUUCCCACCGAUGGGGAACAAUCCUACAUGUACUUUCCAUCACCGACGUGUCAUGCAGUAAGAAAUUUACAGAGAAAUACAAGAUCCAGGAAAUCAUUAUGAAAACGAUGGAACUUCAGAGAGUUAUAAACAUCGAAAAUGAACCGGAACCGGAUUACGAUGAUCCCAUAUCAGAUUACGAAGAGGAAGAUAUCGACGAAGACGAUGAUCUGUCAUCUAAUGUGUAUACUGAUACUUUAUCUAGUGACUCCAGCACAGCACAUCCUCCUUCUUAUCACUCACAAGACUAUAAAAAUAAGAAAGCUACCCUUCGAAGACGAAAUAGCGCUAUUUUCAACAAACGAGGCUUUUCCACUGGUAGGACGUUGAGGAGGGCAUUUGAACGACGCUUUAGGAACCAGCUGAAACGCGAACGCAGUGGCGAAACACAAGCAACAAAUGAAUCUAUCAGCAGCACACACAGAGCAGAUGUACUAUCGGAAAGUGUGUAA